CUUCACCGUUUUGGCACAUGCGCUGCGGCAAUAAUUAUGAAAAGCUCAUAAUACAUACACGCUAAAUAAUGAUGUAUACAACCACUUGAGGAAAACGAAAUUGUGGAAAAUUUGCUCAACCUUGAUGAUAUAUUACUAUAAUGAAGUAUAAAAAAUAGUCAAUUAGCUUGUACAAAAUUUAUUUUACACAGUCUUGGACAAAUUUUAUUCAAAAGUUUAGUUAUCAUGAUUUUACUCAAUGUUGUAAAAACUUUGCAUAAAUUCCUGAGUAAUUGUUGUACAACAUUGGGGAAGUAUUGACCAACUCAGUUGGCUGUUUAACGCUCAUUCAAUCUGGGGAGAAUUUACUCAUUAAGAGAGCAAAAUCAUACCACACAUUGAGCAAAAUUCAGUCAAAUGUUGUGGUGGUUCAGCCCGUGCGGCGGUCUUUGUCAGUUGGAAGCACGAGACCAACAGAACCAGUCAAAAAGAAUUAAUUUUGCCAUUUUGAGUUGCAAAAUUAAAUUUACGCCAAAAUGGGUGAUUUUGUUGAAAAAGUUCUCGAGAUUGCAGGGCUGGUGGAACUCAUCGCAACAUUCAAAGAUCAAGACGUGGACGAAAAUGUGCUUCGCAAACUGCCAGAUUGCCAAGUCGGAUCGCUUGAAGAGCGUAUUUUAGCUGAUAUCGUUCCAUCAAUUGGACGGAGGCUAAAAAUUAUUAAUGCAAUCAGGGAAGUCGCCGCCGUAAGUACCCUUCAAAAUAAACGACUGUUUAAUUGUAGCAUUUGCAAAUCAAAUUUCCAAGAAUUCAAUACAUAUUGGAAUCAUUUAAUAAGUUUUCACGAAAUUAGUAAAGGAACGGCUAGAAUUAAUUGUCCUUUGUGUUCUACAAUUUUUACUAGCACCGAGACACUUAAAAAUCAUGUAAAACUCUUUUGUCCAAAGAAUAGAAGUAGAUCAGUAAAUUCAAAUCUAGCUAUACGUCAGGAUAUUUCUCAAAUUACUGAAGAGGAAAUUGGACCUAAUUUGUUGGCAGAUAUUACUACAGACUAUAAAUUAGCUUUUGUCAAAACACUACAAAUGUCGGGUUCAAUUUCAUUAGUAAAGUCAGCUGAAAUUUUAUCAUCUGCAAAUUCUCUAGUAAAUAGCAUUGUCGAUAUUGCUAAAAAUUUUGUCAAAAUUAUUGAAGGAAUAUGGUAUCAACAACAUAUUGAAACCAAUGGUCGAUGA